AUGAGUUCUUCAUCAAGCUCUCGUGAACCUUCACCAUCUAUGAAACAAACUUUACCAAACGAUUAUGGAGCACCUAUUGAAUAUUUCUUACGAGCUGCACAAUGGCAAAGAGCAGUCUCACCAAGGUUAGGUGUUCCACCAGCUCCUGUCAAAAAUAGCAUUUGGUCAAGUCCUUAUAUAAAAUAUGGUCUCCCACUAGGUUUGCUAGCUACAGCAGGAGCAGUUAUGAUGUUGAAAAGAAAUAAAGCAAAUGUUGUAAAUAAUACUGAAGUAGCUGAAGUUAAACAAACUCCGACACCAUCACAAACAACACCUUCAAUGACUCCUGAACCUAUGAAAGUACAAACUCCUGUUCAAAA